AUGUCCUGGUCUCGAGACCCAAUCACCCGCGACGGGUUCACAUCCGAGUUCGGCCGAUUCCUCACCAACCAGGGUCGAAUCGAGCGAGUGGACGGCGCCCCUCUACGACGCAUGAUGUUCAUACCCAAAAUGACACGGGAAGCCCAGAAACAACUGAGAGACCAUCGUGACUUUAUCCGCGGCCAGUUGCAGCACUACGGGGUAUCCUUUGACGAAAGCGAGUUCACUGGGAACGGAACUACACUCUUAAAGAAGGCCCUCGAGGCCGGGAAAUGCGAUGCGGUCCCUGUACAUAUUCUUGCGCUACAGGAUCAGCUGCACCGCGAGUGGUUCGAGACGGCUAUGCCUAAAGAUAUCACUGCCCAGCCGGACUGGGUGAUGGAUGCAUAUUUUGUGAGGAUAGGAGAUCGCCAGCCGGACCGCACGAAGACGACUGCCGUUAUUAAGCAGUCGUUUCCUCGUUCGAGUGAGUAUCGUGCAGGGUUAAUGCGAGAGGCGGCUACUAAAGCGGAGGGCUUGCACCAUGAAACUGGUUGGGGUCCGAAGACGCAGACUCUCUUUAUGGGCUGGGACAGCGAUACGGUAAAGACUGCUGCCGAAGGGCAUGCUGCUGCGGAGAAGAAGGAGGUUGAGGCGGAGGAGAAGAAUCUUCGGGCGCAGGAGAAGGAGAGACAGAAGCAGCGCGAGAAGAUGCAUAAGGGCUAUGUCGAGUCAGUAAAGAAGAGUGGUCGAAAGGCAAAGGCAUCAUCAUCACCUGUAGGAAGCUUCAUUGUUGACUGUCAGAAAUCGAAAGAAUCUGGCCGAAUCUGGCGGACGACUUGUCUCUCGAUAUUCACCACACAGAUGAGCCAGGUGUCUUCCAGGCCUGUUUCGAUUUCGGGAUUUUGGAGGGCGUCAUGA